GGUCCCUCCUCAGAUCAUCACUGUGGCCCGGCUACAGUCUUGAGUUUCUACAAUCUUACGCUUCCUUUUCUACGAGUUCUGCUCGUCGUUCUACCUCGGCUUCGGUGCAUCACUCUGCUGCAGCAUAUAAAUAUAAAGGCAUUAGCGUUGCGGGUCUUGCCGGUGUGCUCUUCACUCUCUUCCAAUAGCAUCCUCUACUUAAGUGGACAGCGAGUGCGGAACGUCACCGAGGCCCAUUCUCACGUACACGCGAUAGCUGCCCAGCAAACCAUGACAGCGGUGGAGACGGCGAAAUCGCGGCUCCAGAAGCUCGCAUCACAUUUCGUGCCCUCGACUUCCUCUCCCACGGUUGCGGAAGCUACCCCGGCUCCAUACGAGCACAGGCAUAACUUCCACACUCUCAGUCCAACCUACUUCCUCCCCCGUGCCGCUGCCAUUGAGCCAGAGGCUGAGGCAAUCUACCACGUCACCGCCAAUGGCAAGGAACUGCGACGCAAUUAUCAGGAAUUCGCGGACCGCGCGCGGGGCCUGGCCUACUACAUAAUGAAGAAAGGAUAUAAGCGAGUGGGUUUGCUCUGUCCCAAUACGCCUGCGUUCCUUGAGGCUGUAUUUGGCACAAGUGCUGCGGGCGCGGUCAACGUCGCAGUCAACUAUCGACUGAAGCCAGACGAUGUUUCGUAUAUCAUGCAGCAUUCGGAUGUGGAAAUGGUGAUUGUGGAUGUGGAGUAUUUACCUCUUCUAGAUGAUUUUAAGUUGGCGAAGCCGAGCAUACCGAUUGUCGUGGACAUUGACACAGAUUGCAAGGAAGGUCCAAAUUGCGGGGACUACGACCGCGCAGUGAAUGAGGGGCUAGAGUAUGAUAGGAGCACGGGUGGCCAGGGCUGGUCUGGCCUGGUGACGAGCGUGGAGAAUGAGGAGGAUGUCAUAUGCCUAGCCUAUACGAGUGGCACAACCGCGCGACCUAAGGGCGUGGAGUACACACAUCGCGGUGUGUACCUCGCUGUGCUUGCCAACGUAAUAGAAUCUGGGCUGAACGGGCCAGUCCCGCGCUGCCGAUACUUGUGGACGCUGCCCAUGUUCCACGCGAUCGGGUGGACCUUCGGUUGGGCCAUCGCAGCGGUGCGCGGCACAAACUACUGCCUGCGCAAGAUUGACUACCCAGAGAUAUGGCGGUUGCUGAAGCAGGAGAAGAUCACGCACUUUAACGCCGCACCGACGGUUAACACGCUGUUGUGCGCGGACAAGAACGCGGAGCGCCUCGAACAGGCCGUGCACGUCACCGUGGCAGCGAGCCCACCGUCCGCCCACCUCUUCGAGCAGAUGACGAACCUGAAUCUGCACCCGGUGCACGUGUACGGCAUGACGGAGACAUACGGGCCUAUCACCAAGGGAUACAUUAUGCCCUCAUGGGAUAAGCUGCCACCCAAGGAAAAGUACGCCAAAAUGGCGCGGCAGGGCCACGGCUUCGUGACCAGCCAGGCGGUCAUGGUCAUCAAAACAGACCUGCCGGAGGGCGAGAUCGUUCCAGUCGCGCGCGACGGUAAGGAAAUUGGCGAGAUUGUGUUCACUGGCAACAUCUGCGCAAAAGGGUAUUACAAGGACCCGGAGGCAACGCGAAAAUUGUGGGCGGGCAACGUAUUGCACUCGGGCGACCUGGCAGUUUGGCAUCCGGACGGUGCUAUUCAGAUCCUGGAUCGCGCAAAGGAUAUCAUCAUCAGCGGCGGCGAGAACAUUUCGUCGGUGGCACUCGAAUCCAUGAUCGUAACACACCCGGACAUCCUCGAGGCAGCCAUUGUUGCAAUCAAAGACGAGAAAUGGGGAGAGAGACCAAAGGCAUACAUCACGGUGCGUGAGGGAAAACAGCUGAGCGGACCGGACGUGAUCCAAUGGGCCAAGGAGAACUCAAACAUCAGCAGGUUCAUGGUGCCUGCAGAGGUGGAGGUACUGAAGGAGCUACCCAAGACCAGUACAGGGAAGGUGCAGAAGAACGUACUGCGGGAAUGGGCUAAGAAGGGCAAGAGCUCCUCGGUCUAACCAGGUUCCCGCAUGUAUACAUGUCUGUGUGUAUGUGUAUAUAUCUGAUGACUGAUGGAUGAGAGAGAGGUCAGAAAAUGGGGUUCUUGAUGGUGAUAUCUGCCUUGAAAGACUCUCGUCUGUGAAGGGGGCUAUAAGGUAUGUCGGAGACAGACUUUGGAUGUUAUGAGCUGCGUAGGCGCAGACUGUUGAUGUAGGAUCGCGAUUACCGGAUCUAGAUGGCAGACAAUCCCUUGAUCUUGCGAAGGUGCAAGUACAUGAA